UAUCGCCGCUAAAGAGGGCACUUUAAUUUGCCAUCGCACUCACUCUUUCUCCAAUCUCUCCCUCUCUCUCUUUUACGGUUGUUAACGAAAUACUAAUUCACUAACCAUUCAGUAAGUAUUUCUUAGAAAGACUUGUGAGAGGAAAAUGACCCCGCGAUUAUUGAUGUAUUGAUUUGUUUACACACUUUUAUGAAGGAAGAUUGGAUUUCCUUGCAUGCAGUAACUGCUUCACAUCUAGUGACUGGAUAUUCAUUUACUGGAUCAAUUUUUCUGAUAUAACGUCGGGGUGAUGACUGAUGGAUGAGCUUGUUAUGUUUAAGGAGUUUUCUUCAUGGCCUGUACCACGUUGAAGCUUUGGGAUGUAGAAGUUUCAUAAGAGAAUGGGGAUGUUAGAGGAAUCAUUAGCUUGGCUAGAGUAUACUAUGUCAGAGUUUAACAACCAAACCAGCCAGGGAGAAUGGAAUUGCCAACCAAUAAGAUAUCCGUGGACUUUAAUAAUCUCUUUAUUAAUCAUGAUGGUGAUAAUGUCUGCAGGCGUUCUAGGAAACGUUCUUGUUUGCGUCAGUAUGUAUACCUGUCGUUCCUUACGAACUGCAAACAAUGCUCUUUUGUUGAACUUGGCUGCUGCUGAUCUGUUAGCUAGUUUCCUUUUCACACCGCUACUCUUUACGCUCGUCAUUCAGUCGUUGGUGUCACACCAAGCAGUUAUGCCGCGGUCUUUGUGUGUUUUGCAGGGCUGGUUGCGGUUCGUUUGCAGCGCAGUUCAGCAGAUCACGUUAUCGUCGAUAAGCGCUCAGCGGUAUGCGGCUAUAGUUCACCCACUGAAGCGCAAAGGUACCAAAGAGCGUGUCCUCGCAGCAGUAGUAAUAUCAUGGUUAAUAAGUGUGUCCAUUUCCAUAGCGGCAAUCUAUCUGCAUUCUUCGCCAAUUUAUGAAUUAUGUCCUUGUAGUUUACAUCCUGGGACACCAACAAACUUAGUUGACAUGUACCUCCUAGGCCCACUUGGUACGGUAUCGUUCAUUGUAGUCAUAACCUUUUACGCCAUGAUAUUCCGAACUGUCAGGAAACAUGUUAAAGAAAAAAGUGGUUCAUCACUUGAACGGAGCCGUUCAGACAUUACUGCCAACAAGAGAACUUUGGCAUUUACCUGCUGUAAUAUUUGCGGAUUCAGAGCAGGCAUGAAAUCGAAUGUUGUUGCACCAAUUGAUGGAAAUAGCUCUAUAGGAUUGUCGAGGCACGAUCUCCUGCAGGGUAGUAGCUCCCUAGAAUCCCUAGAAUCAACUGAAAGACAAAACACAAGAAACAUGUCUGUGCCUGAAAUAGCAGACAACACAUCUACAAAGCAUGGUGUGACUGAUACAGAAAACAACUUAAUGCCUCACGAGUCUGUAGACCAUGAUCAUGGACCUUCCAUACUGCUGGAUGAUCAAGUGUUAGACAAAGCUGUUCACUUCUCGAGUGAAGCGGCAGAUAAUAGAGAAACUCGGAAGUGUUCUUUAUCAUCAUUAGAAACCAACAAUGAUAUGAAUACAGAAAUAAAUGAUUCUGAACAGGACACAAUUGUCAGCAAGUGUCGGGCAAAUACAGAGUGUGGGACUGAUAAAUCUGAUGAUAGUCAAUAUCUCAAGUGCGAAAAGCUUGAGGAUACGCCAGUGUUUAACAUUAAAAGGAGUGAACCGCGGGUGGCUGAGCAUGCGACGAAAAUGGGAGACAACUCCAUUUCAGAGAAAAGCUUAAAUUCCCUGAUCCAAGGUGAAGAUGUCCAAGACAACGGAGCAUCUCGUCAUGUUCUUCAAGAUGUUCCCCCAGAAACUGCCUCAUCGGUUGAGGGAAAGGGCGGUUUGACCAAUAAGAAUAGAGUAUGGCUAGCCAGUGAAAUCCUAGUGGGCGCUUCCAGUUCCAUCCAAGAUUCUACAGUGGUGACACAAGAACUAUCAACAAAGAUUUGUGGUGACGUCUGUAUGAUGAACCCGAGAUCAAGAGAAAGAGGAAGACGAAAAAUCGAAGCAAAGACCGCCAAAAGGGCAUUGUUCAUUAUCGCUGCUUUUAUUAUCUGUUGGUUUCCUAUGAAUAUCGUAACUUACGUUGACAUCACCAAGGAUCUUCCGGUAGAAGUCAAAAUUUUGUUUCUGUCCGUUUCGUUUCUGAGCGCUGUUAUUAAUCCUAUCAUCUAUACAUUCAUUAACACGGCAUAUAGGAACGAGUUUAAACGACUCCUAAAGAAGAUAUGCCACAGAUGACUUAAACUGAUUGAAUUUGUGGAGCAUUGUGGCCCAGUGGAUUAGUCUCCGGACUUUGAAACAGAGGGUC